AUGCUUGACGUUACAUGUCGAUUGAAGCUGAGCUUUGCGUCUCAGUUCUUCAUUGAUCUUCGUCAUCGCGAUGGUUUUUCGCUGGCCUUCUCUUUAUUUCUUUAUAUUUCGUCAACACCGUUGGUAAUUAGAAAUUGUACCCUAAGGAUUGAUGUUAACGUGCUACUGGUAAAGCGUUAUCUCACAUGUUAUACUGCACAAAAUUGCUGCGGAACGCACAUCCACAUCAAUAUUCCGGCGAAGUGUUUCCCUGUGUUUCCAUGUUCAUGUGCAUUGUUUAAUGUUAUUGAAAAAUCCAAACAAAUGGUCGAUAUCCUCAGUGAUUACUUGUAG